AUUGCUAAUCUUUUGCAGUCCUACAUUGUUUACUUGGGAUCACAUUCACACGGCUCGAAUCCUUCGGCGGCCGAUCUCGAAAUCGCAACAGAAUCUCACUAUAGUUUGCUUGGGUCACUGUUAGGAAGCAAUGAAGCAGCUAAGGAAGCAAUUUUCUAUUCCUACAACCGACAUAUCAAUGGCUUUGCAGCCAUUCUUGACCAGAAAGUUGUAGAAGAUUUAGCAAGGAAUCCUGCUGUGGCAUCUAUCCAUGAGAACAAGGGAAGAAAACUGCACACAACAAGUUCAUGGAAAUUUCUUGGAGUAGAGCAUGAUGAUGGAAUUCCUCAUAACUCCAUUUGGAAUCGUGCAAGUUUUGGUGAAUCUACAAUCAUUGGCAACCUUGACACAGGCGUUUGGCCAGAAUCAAAGAGUUUCAAUGAUGAAGGAUAUGGACCUGUUCCCACAAGGUGGAAGGGAAGUUGUGAGGGUGGAUCCAAAUUUCAUUGCAACAGGAAGCUAAUUGGAGCAAGAUAUUUCAACAAAGGCUAUGCAGCUUAUGCAGGAUCUCUCAAUGCAAGCUAUGAAACAGCAAGAGACAAUGAAGGCCAUGGAACACACACUUUAUCCACAGCUGGAGGCAAUUUCAUUUCAGGAGCUAAUGUAUUUGGGAAUGGCAAUGGCACUGCAAAAGGAGGGUCCCCUAAAGCCCUUGUUGCUGCAUAUAAAGUAUGUUGGCCUCAAGUGGAUUCUGGUGGUGGUUGUUUUGAUGCUGAUAUUCUAGCAGCCAUUGAAGCUGCUAUUAGUGAUGGAGUUGAUAUUCUCUCACUUUCACUUGGUGGAGGUGCCAAAGAUUUUUCCGAGGAUGUAACGGCUAUCGGGGCCUUCCAUGCCGUUCAACAAGGUAUCAUCGUCGUUUGUUCUGCAGGUAACUCUGGACCAGCUCCAGGGACAAUUGAAAAUGGGGCACCUUGGAUCUUAACUGUGGGUGCUAGCACAAUCAAUAGAGACUUUACAAGUUAUGUUGCGCUAGGAAACAAGAAACAUAUUAAGGGUGCAAGUCUUUCUGAUAAAAUAUUGCCAGAACAGAAAUUUUAUCCACUGAUCAAUGCUGCAGAUGCGAAAGCCAACAAUGUUUCAUCCGAUGUUGCUCAACUAUGUCAGGCGGGCUCUCUUGAUCCCAAAAAGGUAAAAGGGAAGAUUAUACUUUGCCUUAGAGGGGAAAAUGCAAGAGUAGACAAAGGUUAUGCGGCAGCUCAAGCAGGUGCUGUUGGAAUGAUUCUUGCUAACGCUGAGCAAAAUGGGGAUGAACUUAUAGCUGAUGCUCACCUACUUCCUGUUUCUCAUGUAAGCUAUACCGAUGGCCAAUCAAUCUACCAAUACAUCAAUUUCACCAAAACUCCAAUGGCUUACAUGACUCAUGUAAGAACAGAGUUAGGAAUCAAACCAGCACCAGUUAUGGCUUCAUUCUCAUCAAGAGGUCCUAAUACAAUUGAGGAGUCAAUACUCAAGCCUGAUAUAACAGCACCUGGUGUCAAUAUCCUAGCAGCCUACUCUGAAGAUGCAUCCCCAAGUGGUUCGUUGUUUGAUAAUCGUCGAAUUCCAUUUAAUAUAGUAUCUGGAACUUCCAUGUCAUGCCCCCAUAUUUCUGGUAUUGUUGGCCUUCUCAAGACCCUUUAUCCAACUUGGAGCCCAGCAGCUAUCAAAUCAGCAAUCAUGACCACAGCUGAAACCAGAGCCAAUGACUUGCAUCCAAUACUAAACACAGUCAACCUUAAAGCCAACCCAUUUGCAUAUGGUGCAGGACAUGUCCAACCCAACAGAGCAAUGAACCCUGGCCUUGUUUAUGACCUUACCACCAACGACUACAUGAAUUUCUUGUGUGCUCAAGGCUACAACAAAUCCCAAAUCAGUAAAUUCUCAGCUACGUCGUUCGUUUGUUCAAAGUCGUUCAAACUAACAGAUUUCAACUACCCAUCAAUCUCCAUACCUGACAUGAAAUCUGGGGUUGUGACAAUCAACAGAAGAGUUAAGAAUGUGGGAAAGCCAAGCACUUAUGUUGCUAGAGUGAAAGUACCCCAAGGAGUAUCAGUUUCGGUUGAGCCAAGAACAUUGAAGUUUACUGGGAUUGAUGAAGAGAAAAGUUUCAAAGUUGUAAUUGGGAGUGUUGCAAAUAAUAAGCAUAGAGGGUAUGUAUUUGGAUCUUUAAUAUGGGAAGAUGGGAAGCAUCAUGUGAGAAGCCCAAUUGUAGUGAAUUUGGGAUGAUUUGGUUUUGAAGAAGUUUGUUUUUUUCUUAUCUAAAUUCUACUGUUUACAAGUACUAUUAUAAUGAAUUCUUCUUUCCUGGUU